AUGACAAGCAUAGAGAAGAAGACCUAGUUGUGGACGGUGCGGGCUGCAUGUAUUAUAUCCUUAAAUUUGUUUAUUUUCAUUUAUUUAUCUAUUUUUGGAAGGCGAAUUUACUCGGUUUAUCAAAUACCGCAAAGGGGAACAAUAUCAGCAGCCGGACGAGGUGAUAAGUGUUAUAAAGUGAAGCUACGUAAAGCAUCGGAUGUUAUCUGGUUAGCCGGUUGAAGGUUAUUAACGGGCCUUCUUGCUCUGCAGUGAUGACGUCGCUGGGUAGCAGCAGUUCCUCCACAACAGAGUAUGUUGUACGAGUUCCUAAAAACACCAGUAAGAAGUACAACAUAAUGGCUUUCAAUGCUGGUGAUAAAGUCAGUUGUUCCACAUGGACUCAGGCUCGUAUGGAGCGUGACAUGAGCAACAGGCGUAUAUAUGGUGAGGAGGAGACCCAGGAGGGGGCAGCAGGCAGUGAAUUUGGAAAGAAACAGAGAGAGGAAGCACGGAGGAAGAAGUAUGGUAUCGUUACAAAGGAGUUCAAGGUGGAGGACCAGCCCUGGAUCCUUAAAGUUAAUGGCAAGGCAGGAAGAAGAUUCAAGGGUCUGAAAAAAGGUGGAGUCACAGAGAAUGCUUCCUACUACAUCUUCACACAGUGUCCCGAUGGGGCCUUUGAGGCGUUUCCAGUGCACGCUUGGUACAACUUCACACCGCAGGCCAAACACCGCACGCUCACAGCAGAGGAGGCAGAAGAGGAAUGGGGAAGGAGAAACAAAGUGGUGAAUCACUUCAGUAUCAUGCUUCAACGACGCCUCCGAGAACAGGAGCGAGGAGAGGACGAUGAGGAGGAAGGAGAGAAGGGGGGGAAGAAAAAAAAGAAGAAGGGAGGCAGGGGAGGAGACCUGCGCAUACAUGACCUUGAGGAUGAUUUGGAAAUGAGCAGCGAUGAGAGCGACGGCAGCAAUGGAGACGAUGAUGAAGCCAAGUCAAAAGCUAAAAAGGACAAAGGCCCCAAAGGCAAGGGAAAGAAGAAGAAGAAAAAGGGCAGUGACCUGGAAGGGAUCGAGGAUAGUGAUGAUGGUGACUUUGAGGGGUUGGAGGUGGACUACAUGUCUGAUGAGAGCAGUUCUGAAGAAGAAGAGCCGGAGAAGACCAAACCCAACAAGGGAGAGGAUGUCCCUAAAGGGAUUGAUGAAAUGUCUGACAGCGAGGAAGAGAGUGAGGAAGAAAACAAGAAUGAAGAAGAAGGCAAGGAGGAAGAAGAGGAAGAGGAUGGAAAGAAGACACCAGUGCAGGGGGAAAAGAAGAAAAAGAAAGAUAAAGGCAAUCUCUUUUUGCAUUUUUUCUUUGUAUUUGAAAGAUCCGACAGCUCUGAGGACAGCGAUAUUGAAGGAGAGGCAGCUUCAGCACUGUUCAUGGUGAAGAAGCGCACUCCUCCUAAACGAGGGGGUGGUCGUGGCUCAGCAGGUAGUUCAAGAACAGGAAGUCGGCCUGGCACACCUUCUAUUGACAAUGCUGCCACUUCCAACACUCUCCGUGCCGCUGCCAACAAACUGGAGCAAGGUAAGCGUCAGACAACUGUGCCUAGCUCAGAGACUCCAGCGGCCAAGAGGUUAAAGAUGGAGCCCAGCCCUCAGAGCUCUUCAGGGAAGAGCACACCCCAACCAGCAUCAGGAAAAUCCACUCCCAGCUCCAGUGAUGUGCAGCUGACAGAGGAUGCCGUGCGCAGGUAUCUCAUCAGGAAGCCCAUGACCACUAAAGACCUGCUGAAGAAGUUCCAGACUAAGCGCACAGGCCUUAGCAGCGAGCAAACGGUCAACGUGCUCGCCCAGAUCUUGAAGAGGCUCAACCCAGAGAGGAAGAACAUCAAUGACAAGAUGCACUUCUACCUCACCGAGUGAGCCCAGCUUAAGAGAGAGUGAAACCGAACCUCGUCACCAGCAGCAC